GCGGCGGCGGCGCGCGGCCUGGGCUCGCGCUGAGCUCCGCGCGCCCCCCGCCCCCCUCUAUGAGGCAGAGGCCGCGGCGGCCGUUAGCGCUGUCGCUCCGGGGGCCGCGGCGGGCGGGGCUCCGGCGGGGCCCGGCCUAGUCCCCACCCCAGCCCGGCUCCCAGCUGCCCGCCCUCCCUCCCUCUCCCCGAUGCAGGGGGCCGAGCUCCGGGAUGGCGAGGCGGCGGCGGCGGCCGCUUCGUACCGCGUCCUGAGCCGCCUGCUCGGCUAUGGAGAGGCGGCCCCCGAGCCUGGCCCGCCGCCGCCGCCCCCGGGCCAUGGCCCCCCGCCGCCACCCUUCCUGCCGCGGCCCGGCCCGCGGGGCUCCCGGCCGCCGCAGCUGAUGGUGUUCCGCAACGUGGGUCGGCCGCCGGAGGAGGAGGACGCGGAGGCGGCCCCAGAGCCGGGACCCUCGGAACUGCUGUGUCCCCGGCACCGCUGUGCCCUGGACCCCAAGGCCCUGCCGCCGGGGUUGGCGCUCGAGCGGACCUGGGGCCCGGCGGCUGGACUGGAGGCGCAGUUGGCGGCUCUGGGGCUCGGGCAGCCGGCGGGGCCGGGGGUCAAGACGGUCGGUGGGGGUUGCUGCCCCUGCCCGUGCCCCCCGCAGCCGCCCCCUCCGCAGCCCCAGCCCCCUGCUGCCGCCCCGCAGGCCGGGGAGGACCCCACGGAAACGAGCGACGCGCUGCUGGUCCUGGAGGGCUUGGAGUCGGAGGCCGAGAGCCUGGAGACGAACAGCUGCUCGGAAGAGGAGCUCAGCAGCCCGGGCCGCGGAGGAGGAGGGGGCGGCCGGCUUCUGCUGCAACCCCCGGGUCCUGAAUUGCCCCCGGUGCCCUUCCCUAUGCAGGACUUGGUCCCCCCCGGGCGCUUGAGUAGAGGGGAGCAGCAGCAACCGCCCCCGCCCCCGCCCCCUCCCGGGCCCCUCCGGCCACUCGCGGGCCCUUCUCGGAAGGGCUCCCUCAAAAUCCGUCUCAGUCGCCUCUUUCGCACGAAGAGCUGCAACGGCGGCUCCGGAGGUGGGGAUGGGGCCGGCAAGAGGCCUUCUGGAGAGCUGGCUGCUUCGGCUGCGAGCCUGACGGACAUGGGAGGCUCCUCGGGCCGAGAACUGGACGCGGGGAGGAAACCCAGGUUGACAAGAACUCAAAGUGCCUUUUCUCCGGUCUCCUUCAGCCCGCUGUUCACAGGUGAAACUGUGUCGCUUGUGGACGUGGACAUCUCUCAGCGGGGCCUGACCUCUCCACACCCUCCAACUCCCCCUCCUCCUCCAAGAAGAAGCCUCAGCCUCCUAGAUGAUAUCAGUGGGACGCUGCCUACAUCUGUCCUUGUGGCUCCGAUGGGGUCUUCCCUGCAGUCUUUCCCCCUACCUCCGCCUCCUCCACCCCAUGCCCCAGACGCAUUUCCCCGGAUUGCUCCCAUCCGAGCAGCCGAAUCCCUGCACAGCCAGCCCCCCCAGCAUCUCCAGUGUCCCCUCUACCGGCCCGACUCCAGCAGCUUUGCAGCCAGCCUUCGAGAGUUGGAGAAGUGUGGUUGGUAUUGGGGACCAAUGAAUUGGGAAGAUGCAGAGAUGAAGCUGAAAGGGAAGCCAGAUGGCUCUUUCCUGGUACGAGAUAGCUCUGACCCUCGUUAUAUCCUGAGCCUCAGUUUCCGGUCACAGGGGAUCACCCACCACACGAGAAUGGAGCACUACAGAGGAACUUUCAGCCUGUGGUGUCAUCCUAAAUUUGAGGAUCGCUGUCAAUCAGUGGUGGAGUUCAUUAAGAGAGCCAUCAUGCACUCCAAGAAUGGGAAGUUUCUCUAUUUCUUGAGAUCCAGGGUUCCGGGUCUGCCGCCAACGCCAGUCCAGCUGCUGUAUCCGGUGUCUCGAUUCAGCAAUGUCAAAUCCCUCCAGCACCUUUGCAGAUUCCGAAUCCGACAGCUCGUCCGGAUAGAUCACAUCCCGGAUCUCCCACUGCCUAAACCUCUGAUCUCUUAUAUCCGAAAGUUCUACUACUAUGAUCCUCAGGAAGAGGUGUACCUGUCUCUAAAGGAAGCGCAGCUCAUUUCCAAACAGAGGCAAGAGGUCGAACCCUCCACGUAGCAAGGGCCCCCCUGCUGGGCGCCACCAAGGGCAUUUGGUUGCCAAGCUCCAGUUUUGAAGAACCAAAUGAAGCUGCCAUGGAGGGGAGUGAGGAAGGAGGAGGGAACUGGAAGGGCAGAGCUCCUCUGCGCAGACACUGGCUCCCCUCGCCGCCCUGGGGCUUGGAAGAAGCACACAGCCCUGCUCCUCGAGCGGGGCCCCCCUUCAUGUCCAGCCCCUGCGCUAUCCUGGAACUGGACGCACUCCUUGGAAAACUGGAAGAAGUCUCAACACUGUUCCUUUUUUUAGAAGUUUUGUUUCGGAUAUUUGCGUUUCUCGGUAUGGAAAACUUCCUUUAAAGGCAGCUGGGGUUUGUGCCCAUCGGACUGGAAGUGGCACCAAGGGUGAGACGGGUCCAGGGGACGGGAGAGGAGGAGGGAUUGCCGGGGACGGUCACUCAGCUGGUGCCAAAGGCAGAGUGCGAUGCUCACCAUCGACCUUGAAGAAGGAGAGAGGAGGAGUCAGAGUGUAGAUCAAGCUGGGAGUUUCUGAGGGAUGAGAAUCUGCUUCCCCUGAAGCAUGGGUAGCCUCGGCAGGAGCAGGAAAGAAAGGAGGGUGGGCGGUCUCGAAUAGAAGACGACCCAACAAAACCCGGCAAAGGGCCUCUGCAGGGGGAAGUAGGGACUCCUCACAUCCUUUCCUUUUAAGGUUUAGGAACCUGAUUUCAGAAUCACCUCUCAUAGAAGCUGUGCUCAUUUUGUCUUACUGAAUUGCUGAGUUCUGUGACCUCAAGCCAGUCCCAUUCUUCCUCCACCCGCCACCCUCCACCCCUCCCCUGGAGAUGACUGUACUUUUCACCCGGAUCGUGGUAAAGUCGUUCCUGUUGCCUGUGCCAGCUGUCAAGGCAACAGAUUUUCUCAUCACCUGAGCCAUUGAGAGCUCUAGUCAUGAGCUGCUCAAGUUAAUGGAGCGUACUUCCAGAUUCUCAAUGGCAAGCUGUACCCAUGACGUAGGAGUCAGUGGUACUUCCCUCUGUAUGUCUGUCAGCUAGUGAGAGAGGGAACAGGGAGGAUGGUGAGAAGUGAAGCUUUGUACUUGUGCUCUUUCGAGAAGAAGCUCUCCAGUGUUUCAGCCUUAACUGGACGUUUUUGAAUCAGAGAGGAGAGCAUUACAUCUCAUGGAUUUAGGUUUAUCACUGUUGUCCCACUUCUGGGAUGGGAGGUAGUAAGAGCUUUUUUAUUUGCCUGUGUCUUUUCUAGCAACCCAAGCAUUUUCGUGAGUCAGAUCCUGUUUGCCACCGCCCCCGCUCCCCUCCCCCCGCCUCCCCUUCAUUGGGAAGUGUGACAGAUGCUGAUUUGGGAGUUGCCCACUUUCCAGGUGGAAGUGGAGGAGGAGGAGGAGGGAGAAGAACUCCAGUGCUUUCCAGUGGUCUUUGGUUUUUUCCCCCGAAGCAGGCCAUUGUCAAAUCAUAACGAUAUUAUGAGUUUGCUUUUCUAUAGAGUUACUCUGGGGAGACGUUUGCUAUUAAGAUGAGAAAAUUGAGCUGUUUUGGUCUUUAGCGCUCUUUAUAGUAAUAUUCCAUUAGACUGCCUUUUUUGGUUUCCCUGUGCUUAUAUCUGCCUCAUCUCAUGAUAAUGUUGUUGGGUUUGUGGUUUCCUGAUGGUUUGGGGGUGAGGCCCCGGUGUCUUGGUAAUUUAUAGGACUGUCUCAUCUAGAAGUGUUGGCCUUCUGCCUUACGUCUUGCAUGGAAUGGCCAGUCUUCCUCCUUGUAGUGGAAAAGGGAGGGAUACUUGCGUUGUUCCCUGUGGGUAAGGGGGUGGCCCACGAAGUGAGCUUGUAGUAUAGACACAGCCCAGCUUUGUUUUGUCAUGAGGUCCCUCUUCUCUUCUUGGAGUCCGUAGUAGGAUUACCCACCAGUUAAGAUCGUGAUCCCAGAAAUUGGCUCAUCUUUGAGUCUUGCCUCUUUGCGGGUGCAGAUUAGCUCGCCAUCUUGCAGAAAGUACCACCCAACAGUAGAGCUUAUAUCUGGAAUCCGUUGGGAUCCUUGAGUGGCUGAUGUGCAUCUCUUUGGGAUUUUUUUUUUAAUAUGUAUACCAUUUCAUCCACCCAUCAUUUAAAUUUUUUUUUUUUUUUUUAGUGUGUCUUAGUGUGUUUGCCUGGCUCUGGGCUAGAUAGUGUGGAAAACACAAGAGGGGAAAGAUGUGAUGUGUGGCCUAAGGGAGCUUUUAAGUGACUGCCGUCCACGAAGCUAUUGGAGAAUGACUCGGUGGGGCAGAAGAAUCAAGUGCUAUCUUGAAAGAAAUUCAAAUGGGUGCGAUCAGGGUAGACCAGGUGGUCUGGGAGAGCUCUGUGGUAGCCAGGCGCUGGGUCCUGGGCGAGGGGAGGACGGUGAGGCAGGAAACACAUGAAUGGAAGCAUGGACGUGGGAAUCUGCUGGGUGUGUGCCGAGCGGUGGGCAGUCCCAGGCCAGCGCGGCCGCAACGAUCUCUCCUUUCUCGGUUUACACGGAAACUUCCGAGCAUCAGGCAGAUCUGAGUCCUGAGGGCUUGUGAUGGGGAAGCAGAACCCAAAGCUGGAAGUCAGCUCUUUCCUGCCCACGGCCAGCGGCCUCACCGCCCUCUGUGCAGUCUGGGUGCUCCCCCUUGUGGUGCCAGGGGUUUCCACGGGAGGAUUCAGAGUGUCAGGUCUAGAACCAUACCAGCUGAGGAGGCAUGACCCAGCCUCACCACCAUCCUUCCUUCUCCUGUGAAAGGGUAGUGUGUACCUGUGUCCAUGACAUGUUCCUGCGCCAGUCACCGCCCAGGCUGUAGCCGCUUCCUCCUCAGCAGAGGAGACGAACUCCAUCAGGAGACGAGGGGGAGGAAGAGGCGGGAGUGGGGCGGCCGGCUGAGGGACUGGCCUGGUCAGAGAGCAGAGAGGGAGCAGGAGCGGCUGGCCUGUUACCAGCACGUCCCCUCGUCGCUCCAGGCUGGGCGCACUCGUCCUUUGCAAGCUCUGUGUUGUGCUCCUUGGAAGGCAGUCCACAGACGGAACUCCUUCCUUUCUGAUGGUUAUAUCUUAAAGUCACAAACUGGAAAAGGUUCUCACCUCUAGGGACCCACCAUUGAUUUCUAAGUUGUGGAUGGGUCCUUGAUCAUGUGACCCUUACUUGUUAGUGGUUGACCUACUGUCACCUUCCUCAGGACAGGUAUGAACCGCCGUGAGCUAGUGACAACUACUGCUACAAUCUGCUGUUACUUGAAAUUCGCAUGCUGUGGCAGGAACACAGAGUGAGGAGGGUGGGCUUUGCCGGGAGGACUAGGUAAGUGGGUGACAGCUGGGAGUCUGGGACCAUUGGCGGUGGCCCCCGCCUGUCAGCCAGGCCAGCCGGUGCCUAGAUCUAGUGAAUGCGAGCUGCUGAUGGCAGCGCGCAGGCUCCAGAGAGGAGAGGCUCGGCGGGGAGCUCAGCACCUUGGUUUCCGCUCCUCCUGUCCUUCCUUUCCCUGGGGCUGAUGGUGUCGGCUCUCACCAAGGUAGGGAGUGACGUGGGGACCGCUGCAAACACACGGUGCACAUCCCGGGACGGUGCUUGGAUGUGAGAGCCUGGAGGCGAGCUGGCUGCCCUGGGGUGCCCGCCUUUUCAGCCCCAGGCUGCUCCAAGCCCUUGGGUCCCAGCAGGAAAUGGGGGUGGAGGGGCUUUUCCCUCAGGUUAGACCCUUCUGCUGCUGCCUCCUCCUUGGCCUCGAGCCCUGAGGUUGGAGGACCAGGUGCCAGGGCGGCAGGUAGGAGGUCUGAGAGUCUGUGUGUGUGUGUGUGUCUGUCUGUCUGUGUCCACGCGCACACUUGUGUCCGUGCGUGUGUCUUCAUUUGCCGAGGUCUUGCCACCAGUUGGGGUGUUGAGAGCACCUCCAUUGUGGGGAGACCUGCCAUUUGUUUAUCACGUUUAAGAGAAUGACACGCCCCCUGUCCCUAAGGGAGGAGCUUUUGAGUUAGACAUUUUCCCUAUGGGAAUCCUCUUGGUUUGGUUUGUGGGAAAGGGGGAAUGGAUAAAUGAUUUUUUAUCUCUGAUUGUCAACACAGCUGUUCUUACACUGAAUCUGUGCUAUUGCAUACAUGUAGCCAUCUUUCUUUUCACUGCAGCAGUGUUUAUCAGUAGUUCAAAAUGAUUUAUUUGCUCCUGGGGAGUAAAAUCUUUUUUAUUAAAAAAGAAAAAAAAGAAAAAAAAAAAAAAGAAAGAAAGCAAAGCGUGGCUCCCUCCCCCCGUGAUAGCUGUAGGAUUAGUGGGCCUCAAAGAAAGCUCAAGAAGGCAAAGCCGAGUCUGCCUGUCCCCAUUGACCUAUCCUGUUUUGCCAUCAGAGCCUUCGUGCUCUGCACAAAAGGACGGGGGCCUUGAGAAGCUGGAGAGCGAGCAUCAGGAGGAGUGAGUGGGGUGUGGACCGUAGAGACGGAGGCACUGCGGACUCAGGUGCUGCAGUUAGAAACACCGAGUAAGGAAUUGUAUUUAAACUAUCGUCUAAUCUGCCAGGGAAAGACCUUUCUUUACAUACAGAUUCCAUACUGUCUUUGUCCUUUCCAUCGCUUCUUGCCCUUCCUGGGAGGUGCUGGCCCAGUUGCUCCCCGCUUCCCGUGCCGUCCCCUGUACCCCUUCUCCCCUCCCUUCCCCUCCCGUCUACCUCUGGGAAGCCAGCCCUGCACGCGGAGUCUGUGACUUGCCUUCAUGCUCAUUUCAUCUCAUCUUGGUUAGAGGGUACCUGGAGCCGCCCUCCCCGCUCCCUCCCCAGCGCCAGGAGGCAUGAAGGGGCAGGUGAAAAGCAGCCCGGCCGUGGCGGGAAGACGCGGAAUGUCUGGUUGCAGCUGGACUGCAGCCGGGGCUCCUGGGGAGAGAGUGUGGGGAGAACUUAGGACACUCUUGCCCUGAAGCCGGGAUGCUCACUCACUGCCCGCCCAGCCCGGGUGGGGCAGGAAGGCCGGUCUGGGUAACUCCAUCCCUGGUGCUCCCUUGAACAGGGACCUGCCCCUCGCCGUUCGGCCCAGAGCCUCUCCCGAGGGACAAACAUGAUCCAGGCACCGCGCUGUGGGCAGGCCGGUCGUCGGAGCGCCCGCGCUGGUGCUGCCUGUGGCACAGCCACCGCUGUACAGUUUUUGGUUGUUUUUAAGAAACUCCAUGAAGAGGGGUGUCAUUCUGGGCACAGGGUGGUUGCCAGUUUUCCUAGAAGGGGAGCCGCAUCCCUGCAACCACCCUGUCCUGUUUGCCACCCCUGCCCUCCUCCAAGCCAAAGCGUGGCCUGGCUUUUGUCUUCCCCCUUUAGUUGUCCUCCUCUCCUCCCCCUUUUUGUGCUUAAUUUAUUAAAAUAGUUGCUGUAUAAUUUAUUUUCAUAAGCGAUAAAAAAUUACUAAAUGGUUAAAACAGACUUGCAGGCCAAUCUUAAAUGGGCGGGAGGGUCUGCGGGUGGGGUGGGAAAAGGGAAAGAUGUUUUGAUAUAAACAAAUGCACUUUGGGUGUGUUUUGGUAUUUUUCUGGGGAUAGACGGGUGGGUGUUGGGAUGUCCCUGUAGAUUAGUUCCAGAACGGGGUGUCUGUAUAUACUGUAUUAAUAGGCAUGUUUGACUCUUAUAAAGGGAUGUUAGUAGCUGCUGCAGGUCCUGUUUGGAAACCCCAUGUACAACUCCCAGUUUUUGUAAGUGUCAGUGCGGGAGACAUUUGACUCUUGUGUUUGUAUCUCCUUUUUAUGAUUGCUGUACUGACCCAUGUCCUUUUGGGGAGGGGUGAAAAGAGAUUUGAAAUAAAAAUGUUUAGAAAUUAC